AUGGCUGCCAGUGGAGAGGUAGGGAAGCUGUUACAAGUACAAAAUGGGACGCCUCCAAACACCAACUACAACGGGGUAGAUGCUGUUCAUGCUUGUAACAUCCUUCAGCAGCUCAAAGCCUUGUAUGAUGAAGCACAGCUCACAGACAUUGUUGUAGAAGUGGACCAUGGCAAGACUUUCUCCUGUCACCGAAAUGUCCUUGCUGCAAUCAGCCCAUACUUUAGGUCCAUGUUCACCAGUGGCCUUACAGAAAGCAACCAGCGUGAGGUCAGAAUUGUUGGGGUGGAAUCUGAAUCCAUGCACCUCGUCCUAGACUAUGCCUACACGUCCAGGGUCACUCUUUCUGAGUCCAAUGUUCAGGCUCUGUUCACUGCAGCCAGCAUCUUCCAGAUUCCUGCCCUGCAGGACCAGUGUGCCCAGUUUAUGAUCAGCCGGCUUGACCCUCAGAACUGCAUAGGGGUCUACAUGUUUGCUGAUGCCUAUGGCCAUCAGGAGUUGAGGGAACGCUCGCAAGACUACAUCCGCAAAAAGUUCUUGUGUGUGUCAUGGGAACAGGAGUUCCUUCAGAUGACCAAGGAGCAACUGGUCAGUAUUUUGAACAAUGAUGACCUGAACGUAGAGAAGGAAGAGCACGUUUACGAGAGCAUUGUCCGCUGGUUGGAGCAUGAUUGGCCUGGCCGUGAGGUGUACCUAGCUGAGGUUUUUUCCAAGUGCAUCCGUCUGCCCUUACUGGAUGAGGCCUUCCUCAGUCGGAUACCAGCCCCCUUUGCAUGUGCCCUCACCCUGUCCAAGGACCCUGCUGAGACCAAAGGCCGCCUCAGUGACACCAAUGGUUGCCCCCAGCGCUUGGGUAUGACUGCCUCUGAGAUGGUCAUCUGCUUUGACGCCGCUCACAAACACUCAGGGAAGAAGCAGACGGUGCCUUGCCUGGACACAGCCACCGGCAGGGUGUUCAAGCUCUGUAAACCGCCCAACGACCUCCGAGAGGUGGGCAUCCUGGUAUCAUCGGAGAAUGAUAUCUACAUCGCUGGAGGCUACCGACCUAGUAACAGUGAAGUGUCCAUAGACCAUCGGGCUGAAAGUGACUUCUGGCAAUAUGAGCAUGCAGGUAACCGGUGGCUUCCACGGGCACCUCUGCUAAGGGCCAGGAUAGGCUGUAGGCUGGUGCACUGCUGUGGGAAGCUUUAUGCACUGGGCGGCCGUGUAUAUGAAGGUGAUGGGCGAAAUGCAUUAAAGUCAGUGGAGUGCUACGAUGCCAGGGAUAACUGCUGGACAGCCGUCAGCCCCAUGCCAGUCGCCAUGGAGUUUCACAGUGCUGUGGAGUACAGAGACCGCAUCUAUAUCCUCCAAGGUGAAUAUUUCUUCUGCUUUGACCCCCGCAAGGACUAUUGGGGUCACCUGGCCCCGAUGAAUGUCCCUCGGAGCCAGGGUCUGGCUGCCUUAUAUAAGAACUGCAUCUACUACAUUGCAGGCAUCUGCAGGAACCACCAGCGCACCUUCACUGUGGAGGUCUAUGACAUCGAGCAAAACACGUGGAGCCGGAAGAGAGACCUGCCCUUUGACCAAGCCACAAGCCCCUAUAUCAAGGCCAUGCUGCUGCAGGGCAAGCUACACCUGUUUGUACGAGCAACACAGGUCAUGGUGGAGGAGCAUGUGUUCCGCACCAGCCGUAAGAACUCCCUUUACCAGUAUGAUGAUGAGGUGGACGUAUGGACCAAAGUCUAUGAGACCCCUGACCGCCUCUGGGAUUUGGGCCGCCAUUUCGAAUGUGUGGUGGCCAAACUUUACCCUCAAUGUCUACAGAAAGUGCUUUGAGGUAGCUAGUUAAAAACAUUUGUGAACCCAAUCUUGGAGGCAGAGGGAGUUGUGAGGUCUUGCCUGCCUUGUGCCUGGUGCUACCUUGGGUUUGCACCACAAGGACCAUUAUCGAUUAAGUCUUAAGUCGUUCAAAAAGUUAACAUGAUCAAAAUGGGGGUGCUUUUAAAGAUUGCAGUAUUGUUUUUUGUUUUUUUCAGACAGCACCAACUACCCACACUGAUGCUUGUUUAACAGAACCGUACAAUGAAUCAUAAGUGCAAUUAUCAUAUUUUUUGCUUGUUGUUGAGCCAUGUUGUUCCAUUUUUAUUUUAGAUACAUGAAUAGGUAAGGAUUUUUACAAAUGAUAAGCAUGCAAAUGAGGGGUUUCGUAAGAUAAAAGUGCCCUCUGGAAAUAUGGAUGCUACGUGUCAACAUAAAGUGAAAAUUUAUAUAUAUACAUAUAUAUAUAUAUACACAAAUAACUAUAUAUACUAUAUAUUAAUACGGGUAAGAUGAGCACUGUAGCUCAUAAGUAGGUUGCUAGCUCUGAUUGAGGAGGCUUGUGUGUGUGUGUGUGUUUUUUUUUUUUUUUUUUUUUUUUUUUUUUUUUAAUUCUAUGCUCAAGUUUCUGCAGCUUAUUUUGUGGAUAACUUUUAAUUUGAAGUGUGUUCGUGAUUUAGAAACCUUAGUAUUUUUGAAGCUUGAAGCGUGUAUGAUAUUUUUAUGGCACCCUCUUCCCUCACAAGUGUCAGCGUGUCAAACAAUACACUAUGUUUGGCUUCUAAGCUGUUUUUAAGUUUGAGCUUUGUUUGAGAUACAGUUGCGUGGAGGUUCAUAGCCUCCCACUCUUGAGUUGGCAUCCAUUUUGUGUCACAUGCCAAGACAACUUCAGUGAAAAGUUAGAAUAUUCACUCUCCACAUUGGAGAAAUAAGGACAGAGUAAAAUGUGUGGCAAAGUUAAGUGGGAAUUUCAGACCAACUAAUAAGUUUUUCCAGUAGCAACUGCAGGGACAUCUGAUUAGGAGCAUAGGGACAUGUUUCAGGCCAUUGCAUUGUUACAGCAAGCGUGUGAAAAGCUCGGAUCAGCAUUGGGCUCUGUCAAGGUUGCCUGUUUUUUGACACUUUGUUAUCUUCCUUUUGAAAUAAAAGGUUGAAAGAGCCUUCUUCUCAAAUGCCAAAAAAACAUUUGAGAUCGUGCUUUAGUUGAUCUGGACAUUGGAGAGAAGUUUCUAGUAGCAAUAACUCAUGGAACUGUGAUUAGGAUAUAUUACGUUUUAUUACCUUAGUGGAAGUGCAUUAAUUGUUCUGAUUUGGGUGCUCGUCUCAGCUAGUUCAAAUCAUGUAGGUCCUAAAUAAUGGCUGUGUGGCUGUCGUAGUGGUGUAGGAUUGAGAAGUGAUUUAAUUUAGUGCAAAUCACUUGGGAUGUUAUUGUGCCUGUGGCUAGAUAUUGGACAUCAUAAUCAAGUACUGUGUUUGUCCUGAUGGAAAAAGAAUAUCUCGUAAGUCUUACUCCACAUUGCACUGAAUCACUCUCCACUUCAAUGGUCCUUAACUGCAAACUUUACGAAGCACCCUCCUGAAAAAGCAACUACAAAUGAGAGGGUGGUCCGGCUUGUGUGCUAAUUCACCUAACGGCCAUGAAUUCAUCUUUACACGCCAUCACACAGGACACAAACUGUUGGUGCUGCUUUUUUUGACAAUCUUGUAUAGAAGUAAUACCAUCGUGAAGUGACGUUCCCUGUCAAACUGUGACAUUUUCAAUGCCGCCAAUAAUUUCCUCAUGCAGUUUCCUGUGUCAUCUUUGCACUACAUAUUGCCCUUGUAUUUUAUCCCAAGGAGUGCCCCUGCAUUUAGAAAAAAAAAAAAAAAAAGAUUUGUUUCAUCAACCGUAUAGCAAUCAUAUUGUUCUGUCCUCAACAUUUUUAUAUGGAGAGUAACAUGAGAAGUGUCACAUUCAGUAAGGAGUUUUGGAUGGAAUAAACUUCUCCAAGAGAAGAUCUACAGAUGACUGACUUUGAGCUGAUUUUCAAUCGACCUGACUGGAACAGUGCCCUCAAACAGCCCUCAUCAGGGUGGGAUAAGGGUGGGAGGUUCACCCAUGUGCCCACAUAACGGCCAUUUGGGAACCAGGAAUGGACAACUCUCAGGAUUUCUAUUGAUACACAGUACUGUAUUUAAAUGUUUUGUCAUACGUGUAAUAUACUGUACUAUAGGUUUGCUGUACUUGCACAGUUUUUUAAACUUAUUUUUGGUUUCUUUUAUAACUUGAAAAAUAGAUGUGAUGAUUUCUUUUUGUUGUUUUCAAUGUUUUUUUUUUUUUUUUUUUUUUUUUUUUUUUUAAUCUAAUUACCUAUUUAGUUACAGUAGAGUAAUUGUGCUCUGUUGAAAAAAAUGAUUACCUGCACAUGAGUGUUUCAUUUUUCAUUUUGUUCCUUUUUCCCCCCCUCUGUAGUAGUAUUGCUUUAUUGUAACAUCUCAUUGAAACUAAGCAUUACAGCUAAGUAAGUACAUUGUUACAACAGAUUUCAAACACCAGUCAUUUAACACAACAAGCUAGGAGUCAAUCGAUGUGCUUUCUGUGUACAAGAGUUAAUGGCCUUGGGCUGCAAUAUCGAGCUCUCUACUGGCCAUUGAUAUGCAUUGCUUAUGGGUGCUACACCAUUGAGUUCUUCCUGCAGUUUUCUUCACUCUUUGCUGGUUUGUCUGUUUUUUUGGGGUUUGGGAUUAUAGUGGUGGUUGAGCUCAACUGUGAAAUUCACAUUGCACAUAAUUUGAAAAUAAAACUAUUAAAAGUG